AGCUACGCGUCUCUUGAAGAUAGAUAAAUACGACGAUCAUCUCUCUGUAUUAUAUCUCGAAUUGUAAUUCUAUAACACGAGAUUGGAAAAAUAAGAAGGGGAAGAAGUUAUAUAAUUUCGUACAUAAAUUUUGUUUUAAAUUCCUAUAUGGCGCUGCAGUCGUAAGCGCUCUGUAAUCGAGUGUGUUGAAUUUUGUAGAGAGUAUGUCGCGUGUGUUCGGGAAAAGUGAGUACAAAUGAAUUUGCAAGAUCAACUGAGGGAAAAGGGGUGGAAUUUAACAUCGGAAGGAAUUGAUGAAUGUAGUGAAGGUUUAGAAAAUAUUACUGUCAAUGCAAUUAUUCAGAAAGCUUUAGAUAGUGAUUUACGAGAAAUUGGUGCAAAAUUCCUACCUGAAGAUAUCAACAGAGGAAGAAUUGAAUCAAUAACUGGACCAGCAGUUCUUCAGAUUCAGAAAAUACGUAAUGUUAGUUCACCAAAAGUAAACAGUGGUUAUAGCAAUGCUCCUGACUUGCUUAGAGUUCAACUAACAGAUGGUCACACCACUUGUAAUGCUAUACAAUGGGGUAACUGGAAAUCAAUAAGGUACUUGAGUGUUUUUUGAUAUAUGUAGUCGAUU